AUGUAUACCAUCAAGAUUGUCUCCGCCCUUGCGAUUCUCGCGACUGCCUCCCAAGCAGCCCAGGUCAACAGACCUGCAAUCAAAGACUCAACCAUCAUGCGGUCGACUGUGAGCUGCACCGACUGCCCUGGUAACGACUGCUACCAGUGCACCUACGGCUCUGAGGACAGGCUGCGGGCAAACACUGGCGGUCUCGCCUGGAUUCGCAGUAUUGUCGGGUUCGAAAUUCCUGGCGACGUGGAUCCUUCCACUAUUACCCAGUGCACUGUGCAGUUCCCAGCCUUCACCAAACUCCCAGAGUACGGAUUUAACUUAACCGUUUCUCCUGCGGUCUCCUCUGACUGGGAUGAGGCCACUGUGAGUGGCAACAAUGCGCCUCCUUCAACGGACGCUAUCAACACUUUCCCUGUGCCGGCAUUGACAAACCCGCCCCUGUUGGAUAUAACGAACGCCUGUAAGGCUGCUGGUGAUGAUGGGCAAUUCUCGAUCUAUAUUGGGGCGGAAUCCGGUUCCUUUGAGAUUUGGUCGAAAGACUCCGGGAACCCUGCUAUUUUGCACAUCUCCCAUGACUGA